AUGAGCGAUUAUGAGAAUGUAUUGCUGGUCAAACCGAAAGUGUUCGUCUAUCGGAUCCCGCCAAUUGGGACCGGCGGUCACAAGUGAGUUUUCCGGGUUUUGCAACGAAAAACGUGGAUUCUUCGAGUUUUUCUAGAAACAACUAAAAAUUUAUCGAUUUUUUCAGAGCCGCCGAUUGGAAUUUGGACAGUCCGGCGUGGACGGGCCGAAUGCGGCUCGUCGCCAUCGGAAAACGAUUGGAAAUGCGGCUAGAGGACGGAGAGACUUGUACGCACCUUUUUUAGGGUUAAAGUUUUUGAAAACCUUCAGAAAAUUGAAGCAAUUUCAAUUAAUAGAGGCAUCCGGGAAGAAAUCUGAAAAGCAUGCGCUUUUGGGGUUACAUUUCUUCUGUCUCAGAUUACUUUUCAAUUUUCUCUCCGGAUGCCUCCCUUAAAAAUGACCGGAAUUAUUCUAAUUUUUCAGGUGACCUCUACGCGAAAUGUCCAAUUGAAGCGCAUCCGGGAAACGCCGUGGAGGCCGUCUCCGACAGUUCCCGCUAUUUUGUGAUCCGAUUGAUGGUGUGUAAAGCCGCAAGUGCGCUCUAUUGAUACUGAGCCAGCCAACGCGAACGAGCGAUUUUUUCCCAAAAAUUAAAAUGUUCUUUUCCAGAACGACAACGGUCAACAGGCGUUCGUCGGAUGCGGAUUUCAGGAGCGUGGUGACGCAUUCGAUUUCCAAGUCACUCUCCAGGUAAUUCGCACCGAAAACACUGGAAAAAUUGGAUUUUUAUACAAUUUCACUCGAAACAACGAUGAAGGUCACAGUUCUUACCCAUUUUUUCCAAUUUUUGCAGGACCACUUCCGGUACAUUGAAAAAAGUGCAGAACUGGAGAAGCAGGAUCUUUCGGCCGGUCCGAGCCUCGAUUUGGCCUUCAAGGAGGGCCAGACCAUCUCGAUCAGCAUUGGCGUACGCUGAAAGUAUCGGAAUACCCUGAAACUUUAUAAAAUUUUGCAGAAGAAAGACAAAAAUGCAGUGUCUCGACCGCGGGCGGCCCCGUCGGCCACCGGAGGGCUCGUUCCGCUGCUCCCGCCGCCGCCAGGAGCCGGAAGUGUGGUAAGAUGAUCCAGAAGGCCUGCCUGCACCUUCGGAUCAAUAAAAUCCAAGUUUCAGGCCGAACGAACCAUCUGGUCCCGAGAUAUACGUGUUUUUGCAAUAAGUGCGGCCUUUCCGGCCUCCGAUCCACAUAUCUCGGGACCAGAUGAUCCGAUCGGUCUGAAACUACGACCCAAUAUACUUCAAUUCAAGUCCAAGAAGUCUGCAAAGUUUGGUGCCAGUCGGAUUAUUGCAAGUGGGCCAAAAGUUCAAGCCAAUAGCCCAGCUCUAAUUUUUCGCAGUUUUCCAGCUUGGACUCCAAAAUUCGCCACCAAAUCGUAGACACUCUUUACCGCCUAAUGUUCCAAUCAUUACUGUCCAUUUUCUGCGUCUUGUCAACAUUUUUAUCGUCUAAUUCACCCAUUCCUCACGUCUUUUUGAUCGAAUGCCGCCGUCCGACGCUUAUCAGCAUUUUUCCAUGUUUUUGACGGAAUUUUAGCGCCUUUUCAGCAAGAAAAUCGAUCUUUUUCGAUUAUUUCCUCAUCUUCACUGAUUUCGCAUUGUUGACCGCUUUGCCGUAUUCGCACGUACCUACACCGUGAGAAUGCGCUCGUUAGGCCGUGUGAACCACAAAAUUGUCGGAAAAGUCGAAUUUCGCACAGAAAUCAGCCAUUUUUGUGGAAAAUCAGAAAAUCUCCAAUUUUAUCACGUUUUCCGAGCAAUUUGAGUAGAAGUGAGAUUGGGCGCCUCAUUUCCUGGCGAAACGGGUCAUAAAGUGGGUGAGCGACUGGGACCACGCCCACGGUCCCAUUAGUCGCGACUAGACGGGCGGCCUCGUCAAUUCAUAUUCACUUUUUCUUGCACCGCCCGGUUUAACUGAUAUUUUCUGGGGUUUCCGGCCUAAAAUGCGGAAUUUCGAGGUUUACUCGUUUUUCUACGGAAAUUGACGGAUUCUCCGUUAAAACCCAAUUUCCCUCGAAGUUUAUCGAUUUCCGGCUCGUUCAAUUUUCCAAGUUAAAUGGAGUUUUGAAUUUUUCGACAAGAAAGACCGAAUCCACUUAAAAAUUGGCCGUUUACGCACUUUUCCGCUAACAACGUCGAGCGCCCGGAGGAUUUCAACAUAAAUUGACUCAUUCCGGCCGAUUUUUUUUUGUAGUUUUCAUAGCGCACGCACGCACACCACAUGACGGACGCACCGACAAUUUCCGAAAGAAAAAUUUAUAUUCGCCGGCCGUCUGCGUCUCUUUUCCCACGUUUCGCAAUGUUCUGACUGCCAAUCGACACAGGCUCCGUUUUCUAUGGAUUAACACACUUUUGGGCGGCUUUUCGGGCUAUUUUCUAGUGAAUAUUUGAUUUUUUUAUUAGGGAUGGACAAAUUUUGACGCAGGCUUUUGAAGGCCUGGACUUUCGGACCACUUGCAAUGAUCCGCUCGGACCCAAGCUUUGCAGGCUUCUUGGACUUGAAUGGAAGUAUGUUGGGUCCAAGUUUCAGAGCGAUCGGAUUAUCUGGUCCCGAGAUAUACGUGUUUUUGCGAGAAUUGUGGUCUUUUCAGUCUCUGUUCACAUAACUCGGGACCAGAUAAUCCGAUCGGUCUGAAACUUGGACCCAACAUACUUCAAACCAAGUACAAGAUGCCUGCAAAGUUUGGGCCCGAUCGGAUACUUGCAAGUGGGUCAAAAGUCCAGGCCUCGAAAAGCCUGGUCCGGCCUGUUGGCCAGCCCUGAAAAUAAUUGUACUUUUCCCGAAUUUUGCAUUUUUCAGAUUCGUAACACCCGCCCGGCGGCUCCUUCGGCUUUUUCGGCACCUCCAGCACCUAAUAGCUCUGUUUCGAAUACCGGAAAUUUGUUGUAAGUAUUUUAGAAUAUUUUCAGAAAAAAGUAAUUUUUGCUUCAUUUUCAGAGACUUCUAA